UGUAUGUAUCGCCGCCAUAUUUUUGCCCUGAUCAGGUUUGGGGUUUGAUAACAUUAACGAUUGGGAUCUGAAAAUCCUAAAGUUCUGCCUGUUUUUUAUUACUUUUUCCAUAUCUAAUGAGUUCAAAGUUAUUCCAUUUGUAAAAUGAGUGAUUUGGAAAAGGCAAUCGAGCAGAAGCUGGCAGAUGCCAGAGCUCAUAGUGACAAAAAAGAUGUGAAACCCGUGGAUUCAAAAAAGGCUGACCAUUCCGGUGAACAAACAAGUGCAAAGAAAACUGAUGGGAAGUCUGGAGUUCAAAAAGCAAACACUGCUACUAAUGUGAACGCAAAGAAAAAUGUAUCUAAGCCAACUAAUGCUGGUGCAACUGUGAAAAAAGAUCCCAAGCAAACAACUCCAAAGGCAACAAACGUUGGAGCUGCUUCGAAUGCAAAGAAAAAUGAAGUUAAGGUACCUAAUACGGGAACUCAAACGAAUUCCAAAAAAAAUGUAGCAAAACCCAUAGCUCAAAAAGCAUCAAAACCUGUACCACAAACUAUUUCCACUACAAAGAAGAAUGACGGAAAAGUAGCGAAUCAGGCUUCAAUUGUAAAGAAAAAUGGUGGUAAUGCAUCGAAUACAGGUUCUGUUGCGACGAAAAAUAUCGGUAAUUUAACGAAUAAAAAUGCAUCCAAUGCCACAGACGCUAAGAAACCUGACGCCAAGCCUUUGAAUCAGAAAACAAACACCGCAUCACAAUCGUCUUCAAACACGCAAAAAGUUGUUAGUAAAGCAAAUACUGCGAAAAAGAAUGAUGAGAAGUGCAAAAUUGAUAGUGGCAAGAACUGGGACGAAACCGACGCACCAGUUAAAACCAAUGACGAUAAGGAACCUUCCGGAGGCAAGGAAGCUGUAAACAAAGCCGAAAAUAAUGUUAAAAAGGAGGAGAAUGGCGACAAUGAGGAUUGGAAACCGCGGACAACCAAUAGAAGUAAAAGCAGCCGAGAGCAAUCAAAAAGUCCAAUUCCAUCCAAACGAAACUAUUAUGGCCGUAAAUGGGAUCCGGAUUACCGUAGUCGUGCUCGAGACUCCUACAGACGCUCUCCGGAUCGCAGGAGAACACCACCGCGCAGGAGAUCUCGCUCUCCGUAUUACAAAAGGAGUAGCCGAUCGCCAAGAAGGUAUGAUUCGUACAGACGAAGCCCACGACGGCGAUCUCGCAGUCGGAGUUACCGCGACAGGUCACGGAGUCGAUCGUAUCGCGGGCGCAGUCGAUCCGCGGGCCGUCAUCGAGAGCCCAAAGCACUGAUGGCUAAAAAAAGUUUCUUGGAUGAUUUGGCGGUCAAGUUUGCCCAGGAAGGCAAAGAGUUUCCAGAGUUGGAGCAGUAUCGGUGCGAGAUUAACAAUCAGUUCAGUCAGUAUCCGCACACGAGUCAGUUUUCCAGGAAUGCGGUGGAACAUUCCUGUCCGAGUAGGGAUCCAUACAUAGAACUGGAGGUACCCCUUUCGACUGAUCACAUGAGCAAUCCGAUAGUGCUGACGGAUCCCUACAAUGCUUACCCGUUGUACUCGGAUACGCAGCCAAUGGUUUCCUAUCCGAUUCAAAGCGCACCGUUGGUGGAACAUUCCCCAGCUUUAGAUAGUCCGCAUGCGUCGCUGGAUUCGCAGUUUCAACUGGAUAAAGUCAGUGUGGCGAGUUCAGCUAUCAAAGGUCGAAGUUCUGCUGUUACAGAAUUAGGGUCGCAACCUUCCGAAACGACAGAAGUCUGGACAAAGCAGGAAGUUAAAAUCCGCAUUAAACAGGCUAUCAAACUGUUGAACGAUGCUGAAGGAGGAGUACCAAAAACUGGCAAGUUUCUGUAUCGUGCUCCAACUUUUCACGGUAAAGGGAUUAACGAAAAUCGGUCUCCUGUUCUAAAGAGUGGCCGAAAUCCGGUUUACGCCUUCAGCUGUCGUUCUAAGGAGAGCAGCGAUCCGUUUGGAAAUAUUCCCCGGAAGCUCAAAGCCGUUACCAAUGCGCUCCGCAUGGACGAGGGACAAAUAUCUCACAAAAUUUUUCAACGUUACCAGGAGAGGCUGUUGGUGGCAAACGCAGUGAAACAAAAACAGGAGGUUGAGACAUGGACCAAACGUCAACAAGGAAAUUCGAUACUGAAAAUGUCUCUAACGAAAACCACCCAAACGGAUCCAUCUGUCUGCACUGAGUGUUUAUCGCGAAAAAUAAAAGUUAGAUAUAAUGGCGAAACCCAAACAGAUGUUGUUUGUACCGUCGAUUCAGCUGCACAAACAAAACCAAUGCCUGUGCAGGCUGUCUCGGAAUUUGGCUCUAUAACCGAACUCACACCAAACCAAGUGCGAGCGGUUAGUGAGUUGAUAAAGUACAUAAAACUUACCGCUACCAGCGGCACUUUAUCCGAAAUGCGCGAUUCUCUUAGGGAAGAUCAAGUUUAUAAUCUGAACAGUGAUCUUCGUACGGCUUACGAUUAUUUUGAAGCAAUGGUUGAAAACAAAAAACCAAGUGUUCCUUUGGCAAAGGAACAAGCGGUUGAGAAGAAAACUUUCGCCGAGACGGACAAUUAUACCGAACCAGAUACGUUCAUCGAAGAUGAAAAUUUUGCUGACGAAUAUGAAGAAUUUCACAAGAACUUUUGUGAUGAUGAGGGAGUCGAAUACGAGGAUGAUGAGUAUAGCAACCCCUUGCUGCAGAGUCAACCGUCAAGUUACAGCCGAAGCACUGGAGGAACUUACGGAGGACCCAGCAGAGAGUCGUCCAGACAGCAAAGCGAGCCAGGAAAUCAGCGAGGAAUGGGUAGAGGAACUCACUUUAUUCCAUUCAAUAGAAGAAAUUAAUUGAUUAAGUGUAAAAUAUUCAUUAAGUUGUGAAUAUCCCAUUGUACAACAAAACUAUUUGCUAUAACAUACAAUGUAACACAAUUGUAUUUUAAAGUAUAUACUAUAUAUGAAUAAACAUUUUCAUUCAAUGUA